AUGGACAUAGGUACAGUACAACUCUCGAUCUCUGCAGCAGUACCGCUAAUACAAGCAGCGGCAGACGCUCGACGCGACAAUAUCCAUCGGUGGCUCUCCGCCCCCGAUCCAUCCCGCAACCACGAUGCCGCUCGCAAGGGACGACAAUCAGAGACGGGCGUCUGGUUUCUUGAGAGUCAGGAAUUCUCCGACUGGAAGGCAUGUCCUGACACGCUGCUCUGGCUGUACGGGAUUCCUGGGUGCGGAAAGACGGUUCUGAGCUCGACAAUUAUUGACGACAUUCUGCACGCCUGCCAGCUCCGACCGUCCAGUGCAGCGGCGUAUUUCUAUUUUGAUUUCAACGACGUCGGGAUGCAAUCGGCUGAAAACAUGCUCCGGUCGCUGCUCACACAGCUUGCUGCCCAAAACAGCACCCCUCGGGCGUUGGAGACGCUUUUCUCGUCGAAGAUGGAUGAUGGCAAGAACCAGCAGCCCUCGACAAAGGAGCUUCUCGCCGUUCUGCGGCAGACGAUCCUCGAAUUUGAGGAGACGUUCAUUAUUGUGGAUGCUCUGGAUGAGUGUGCAAAACGAAAGGAGCUUUUGGGCAUGAUUAAGGAGAUCGCCGGCUGGAAGACCGGCAAUCUGCAUACGCUCGUCACGAGUCGAAGAGAGCCAGAUAUCGAGGAGUGUUUUGAGAGUCUGCCUCAGAUUAAAAGAGUCUCGAUUCAGAAUGCGCGGCUGAAUGAGGAUAUCCAUCUCUACGUGAACGAAAGACUGCGGACGGAUCCGAAGUUGCAAAGAUGGAGAAACCAGCCGGAGGUGCAGAAGGAGAUUGCGGACAAGUUGAUGGAGAAGGCUGAUGGGGUGAUCGACGACGAACACGCCGGCAUCGCUGUGAAGAUCCUGCAGUGGCUGUUCGAUCGCCCCUACUAUGCCAUCUCCCCCGUUGUUGCAACUUCUCCACUGCUCCGAUACGCGGCCAACUACUGGCCAAAGCAUGCUCAGCUGGCAGCAGCAGCAGCAGGGAAAGUGAACCAGCUGAUCAUGGAGCUUUUCCAGCCAGGAGAAGCCUAUCUCAACUGGGUGGCGUUUUUCGAUGGCUACACGCCCGUCGAGCAGCUUCAACAGAGUGCCCACCCCGCUCUACUACGCGGCAUCAUUCGCGGAGCUGAUGUCAAUGCCCAGAGCGGCCCUGCCGGUUGCUCUCUGGCUGCAGCUUCUCUCGCCGGGCACGUCGAGACGGUGCAGCUGCUGCUCGACCGGGGAGCAGACAUCGAGGCGCCCGCCGGCCUCCUGGGGGGAAACGCACUGCUAUUGGCGACGACGAACGGACACCGCGAAGUCGUCCGGUUGCUGCUUGAGCGGGGAGCCAACGUCAAUGCUGAAGGAGCAUCAGAUGACGAUGAUGGUGCAACCGCCCUGCAGGAAGCUGCGUAUCGCGGCGACAGGGAGAUUAAGAUAUCUACAUUGAUUUUCACAGUACUAGCAGGGAUCAGAUCAGGCCACGUAGAUGCUGCUAAUGUAGCUGCAUUGAACACUUUAGGUAUUAAACUGGACCAGAAUCCAGAAGAGCAGUUGCUUUUUUUUAUAAUAAGACCUCGAGGUAUCCCUCUCGCUCUAGGUUUCUUUCUUUCUGCUGCUGCAGUCUGCAUACUCUACUCUCUACUCCGUCUCUCUCCUCGACGAACGAACGUCGAAGCCGUUGGAGCCAUGGCUCAGAAUCAGAUUCCCUCCACUCAAAAUCCAAAACCAGCUGAGAAUAUCCUGGAAGUACAUAAACCGAUUCUGUUUAUUAUGAAUCCAUUGGCACAGCUAGCUACGUGUCCUCUCUCAGUCCAAGUGUCAGAAACUACAAGUAAUAAUAAUGCAAUGCAAUGGUUAUCUUCUAACGAGAUGAUCCAUGGUUUAAUAAUAAUAAUAGAUAUGAGUGUUAACACUUUCCAGAAUGGACGCCGAUACCACGCAUACCACGAAGGAACAUAUAUUCUGUUCACUUUUAUUGCUAGCCCAACGACGAAGAAGAACAAGACCGGAUCGACCUCCUGCAUCAUAUCUACCUCCUUGUCCUUGGUGGAAGACUUCAUCUUGCACCGAUUGGCAGGAAUCUUCAGCGUGUAUUGGACCUUGGUACUGGGACGGGGAUCUGGGCUAUACAGUUUGCUGAGUUUGUGGCUGAUGUCGAGGUCUAUAUACAGUGAAUAUCCUUCUGCGCAAGUUAUUGGCACGGAUUUGAGUCCUAUACAACCUCCUUGGGUCCCUCCGAACUGCACAUUCGAAAUCGACGACUUUGAAAAAGACUGGCUCUUCAAGACCAAGUUCGACUUUAUCCACGGCCGUGAGCUAGAAGGCUGCAUCGCCGACACAGACCGGCUUUUCCGUCAGGCGUUCGACCAUCUCAAGCCUGGCGGAUACUUUGAAUUGGACGCCUUUUAUGCCUAUUGGCUCUCAGAUGAUGAUACCGCAAGCAAGGCUACAAAUAGUCAAGCAUGUAGUAAGAUGCUCCGCGAAGCUGCUGAGAAGUUCGGCAAGAGCUUUGAGAUGGUGCCCUUGUGGAGGGAAAAGAUGGAAAAAGUGGGGUUUGUGGAUGUGAGGGAGUCUGCUUUUAAGAUCCCCGUCGGCCCCUGGCCCAAAGACCCCAAGAUGAAGGAGAUUGGCCGCUUCCAGCAAAUUCAGCAGAUCCAGGCCGUUGAAUCCUACGCUCCGGUACUUCUCUCACGUGUCCUUGGAUGGAGUUCUGCAGAGAGAGAGGCGUUGGUGGCAAAAGUCUGUACUGAGUUGAAGGAUCGUUCGCUGCAUCUGUAUGCGCCUAUGUACUUUGUUUAUGGGCGGAAGCCUUGA